AUGGACGACACAAGUGGCUGUACUUCGCUAACUGCGGAGUCAGACUCUCAAAAUAACAUUGCCAGUAUCCCUAACGCGACUUCUGUUACAGAUGCUGACAAAGUAAUAAACAAUAAAAUAGAUAGUACCCAGGUUGAAGGAAACAAAGCUGAAGAGGCGCUACUGAAGUGUCUCCUUACAGACAGUUACUGCCAUGUGUGUGAGGCUGUGCUGCUGUUUAAGUCACAGCGGCUGUCUCACUAUGAGGGAAAGAAACACGCUCAGAAACUUAAGCUGUACCUGCAGACCAAAAAAGCAGAAAAGUCAACAGGCGCCCAGCAGACCAUGAGUAAUGAUAAAGAUCGUUUCUGUGAGCUUUGCAACAUGGUAUUUAGCUCACCUGUGGUGGCAAGAUCACACUAUGAAGGCAAAGUCCAUACAAAAAAUCUUCGUAAACAAAGUCUUCACCUAUCAGAGAAGUCUACAGAAGUGCAUACUUCAUCAGGUCUCCAACAGGAUCCUGAUAAGUCUCAGCAAAAAACAUCCUCAGAGGGUGUUGUGGAGCAUGAUUUGGAUCCAGCAGUCACCAGUGCUACAUGUAGCACAGAGGUUGAUUUGAAGGAUCCCAACAAGUACUGUGCCCUGUGUACUGCCUCCUUCACCAAUCCCCAUGUAGCCUUGCAGCACUACAGUGGACGCAAACACCAGAGGAAUCAGGCCAGACAGGAACUGCUCAAACAGCUAGGACACAAUGUAGAACAAGGCAAUUCCUUGAUGUGUCAGAUGUGUAGUAUGCAAUUUAACUCUGUGGAGAUGUACCAAGACCACAUGCAGGGAAACAAACACCAGAUAAAGGAGAAGAAGGUCAUCGAUCUAUGCAAAUCCCAGCAAAAACUGUACAGCACAUUUGCAGAUGAACUGGCUGAUUACAUUCAGGUUCAGAAGGCUCGUGGAAUCACCCCUAAGACUAAUCAGGUCCUCCCUCAGGAUACCAUGCAAAAGGAUGAUGAAGAACGGGAAGUAUUAAAUAGGAAGAAUAUGGUGGAACUAAAUAAACCUGUGGCCAACCUUCUUCCUACCUCCAUUUCUCCUCAUCAGUCCCACUCCGGUCAUUACCCUCCACUUCAAAUUGGGUGUUCAUCGUUUCAGGGCCCACCCUUGCUGUCACGUGCCUCAAACUACAACUAUCCUCCUCCAGUUCUUCGUAACUCAGGUCCUCCACCGGUCACUAGUUGGCCCAUGAGAAGAAAGCACAGAAGGUCAAGCUCUUCCUCCUGCACUACCUCAUUAUCUUACUCCUCCUCCUCCUCCUCGUAUUCAUCCUAUAGCAGUAGUGAAAGUGACAGUGAUCAUAGUGAAUAUAGGCACAGAGAAAAGAGGCAGAUUAAAACAUCCCAUAGGGAGAGAGUCAGGAGAGGAAGGGAUGAGGAGAGGAGUAGGAAGCGCCGUAGGAGGGAAAGAGAUAAUGACUCAGAGGAGAGAAGAAGAGAGCAAUCUGUUGAGUCGGAGGAGGAGAGGAGCAGAAAAAAGUCAAAAAUUCAUGGCAAGUGGAAACGAAAAGAAAAAAAAUCCCUUAAGGAAAACGUUAAAGUGAAAAGAGGAGAUCAAGUUAUGGACAAAUUAAAGCCAGAACACAUGAUGAAGAAUAGCAAAGAGACUGAACUGCAUAUUCAGGCUGAAAUUAAUGUUAAGCAAAGGGAGGGUGAAGAGGAUGAGUCCAUUAAACCUAAAUACAGAAAAGAGAAGAAGAAGGCAAAAGAGAAAGCAGACACUAGGACAGAGGAGGAAAAGCUGUGGGACGACUCUAUUCUGGGGUGUUAAACUCUGCAGGAGCAGCUGAAGUGAACAGUAUUCUGGACUACUUUUGGCAAACAUUUAUCAUAAACAUGACAGUGAAAAUAAUAAUAAGCUAUAUUAAAAUGAUUUAAAAAAUCCUGUCAGCAGGUAGCAAAGGCCUUUUCUAUAUCUGCUCUAAUAACCGAAAAGUGUUUUCUUAUACAAGUUUGCUAGCUGGCUAGCCAUGUAGAGUCAAUUUGUAUGUCCAUAAGAAAUGAAUAUAUUUCGUUUGUAUCUGGAGGAGAUUCAGCAUUAAUUUUAUACUAUGACACUUUAUAAUAAGUUUGGUUUGUGUGUACAGUGAGUUGAUGGCUGUAAUGUUUAGCACUGUUUGUUUAUGAAGUACUCUUAACUCAUCACUAAGGUAAAUUUGAUUAUGGAUGCGUGCAUCUGGCAUGGACUUGAUAGAUUGUCAUCCCUUUAGCAAUCUCUGGUUGGCACUGUUGAGCUUCAUCCAUUUCAUCAGUACUGAAAAUAAAAGCUCAUAGAUGUCAGAAGCUUAUUCAUUUCAUUACUUUAGAAGCUCUGUGUGCUCUCACUCUCAGGCACAAAGGUUGAAAGACAGCCACUGACGACGUGCUGUACAGAAGUUCAGUGUAAGAUGUAUUAUGAAAUGAUAAAAAUACAACAAAUACUGCCUGGCACAUGCGUUGCACCACAGCAGAUUUACACUUCAUCAGUCUGCAGUGCACUGUGUGCAUGUAUAUGUUUUAUGAUUGUGUUUAUACAACCAGAAAACACAUUUGCGGUCAUACAGGUGCAGACGUUCAAAUGAGGACAUCUCUUUACAUAACCUCAGAAUUCAGGUUGAAGAGCAAUGUGCAAACUGAACAAAGUUAGUAGUUAAAGGAAACUCCAAAGGGAAACAGUGUCACCUACUGACAAACUAUGAGCUAAAAAGUGGGCCACUUACACUCCUAAUCCCUACUGUCAUUUUUAUUUACAUGUAUCUACACAAAAUGUUCUUUUAAGUAGAUCUUAAGGUAUCUGAAGUGAGGUAUCUGUCUAAAUACUUUGAUUGGCUGGGCCACUAUUACUCUGAUGCUCUUGGUACAUCACAUCUACUCAAGAAAAACAACUUUGUGUUUUUAUCUUUUGGAUUGCUUGUGGGCUGUAUUGUUAAAUGUUCAUUGAGAGCUAUAUGUAUGAGCCUAGAUAUGAAACUAGUUGGUAGUGGUAAAACGAGGAGUGUGAAUUUAUCUGAAAAGUUUAUAAAGACAAACUUUUAAAUCAACAUUGCAUGAAAUAACUUCCCAAUGUGUUUUGAAUGUCAGUCGUUUUUAAGUUGGAUGUUGAUUGCUGGCGCAAAGAAAAAAUAUGGAUCAUAGAAGUGACACAAAAGUUGAAAUGGUUUAGUGCAGAAGUCCUGCAGAUGCUGUAAAUAAUUUUCUGAACUAUGGUCUUGACAUGAAUUAACUUUAAAGCUCUGGUAAUGAGAAUGACGCUGCUACAUCUCUGUCAUUUUUAUGGAUGGAUUCUCAAAGAAUACUAAAGUAAAAAAAUAAAUAAAUAAAUAGCAGAGCAGGCAAGUAAAACCAGAGCUUGGCAGCAUUUGACGUAAAGCAUUGAAGUGGAGAGACCAACAAAGGCUUUAUAGCUCAGCGAUGUGUGAAGAGCGCACAUCUGAAGUCCCCUGAGAUCUCCUGUUUUCAAAGAAUCUUGUUCCUUGACUCGCCUGAGUGUACAACCCCCGUAGAACUGUAGGGUUCCCACAUCCUCUCACUUUAAGAUCCCCACCAGACCGUUCUGUACCCUUACCCUUUACGAACGCACAAAAGAUCCACAAACACCACAUGAUUUAAAGGAUCAUCACUGUUAUCGAGCAAGUGUGAAAAGGACGUCUGUGAAAAAGAGAUUUCAAAAGUCCUCUCUUUGUCAGAAUGGCAACUUUAAAAAUUACACAUCAAACAUUGCAGAUAUACUGUCUUGAUGUAGGGAAAAGUGCUUCAAAUCAGGUAUACCGUUUAUCUCUGAAUGUCAGUGAAACUCAUAGUCUUCAACGUGAGGCAUAGAUUUGAGUUUAAUGAGUAGAUAUUGGUGUAUCUUGUCACAA